UCUCGUCCACCACAUUUUGAUCAUUUGAGAUGCAGCCACUUCAAAACCAUGAGCCAUCUCAGAAAGGGGGUGUUCAAAAAAGCAUGAGCUGAUGAGCCCAUCAUGAGGCUUAAAAAAAAAAAAACGGGGGGGACACCUGCUUCUCUUCGAUAUCCAAGAAAGCCCACUAAAAAAAGAGGUCAUCCCAAGAAAACACGGGUCAGAGCUGAACAUUAUUCAGGUACGGUUAUGCUAACUCCCCACUUACUCCACGACACCCCAAAGUCCCCGCUCCGUUUCCGUUACACCGGCCCCCUCCUCGCCUUCGUCCACUCCCCGCCGCUCCGCCUUCAUUACCACGCCAGCCGCGCGGCUAGCAAUUGCCGCGCCAGCCGUAGCUUCCUGCCCCGCGGCCGCGGACCGUAGCACGGAGCAAUGGAGAGGCAGAGGAGCUCCUCCACCUCCUCCUCUAACUCUUCUUAUUCCUCCUCGUACCACCUCGUAAGUCCCAAGAGCCUCCUCCUCCUCUCCUUCGCCUCCUCGUCGCUCCUCUUCUCGUUCCUCUUCGCGCUCUUCGCCCUCCGCCACGGCCGCCCGCUUCCAUUCGCUUCCGCACACAUCAGCGCCAAUGGCUCCGCUGUGGACAUUGAGCGGGCGCCGGCUCUUGGGGGUCCCGUGGGCGGCGCGGGGGUGGUGGAGGUCGACGAGGCGGUUCGCGGGAGGCGGAGCAAGGAUUGGGUAGCGGAGGGAACCCGCCGCGCGGGUGCCGGCGACCUAUCGCCGGCUCCGGUCGUGGGCUCGGGCUCGGCGAUAGAGGUGAAAGGAGAGGUUACUGGAGGAGGAAAUGGUGGGGCACCCGCGAAUGGUGAGGUUUUGGGGGGCCAAGAGAUUGCGGAAGCUGGAAACUACUCGUCGAUUGGAGCCUUGGGUUUGGCUAUAGAUUCUAAAGAAGAAGCUGUUCGUGUCGGCGUAGAUGGCGAGAAGUUGGAGAAAGAUUCAUCAGUGUCCGAGAAGCCGAACUCCGCCGAAGGCAAGAAUCUUAGCAAAAAGGCAGAGACGCCGUUAGAUGUUGGCAAUGCUUCUGCUUCCGUGGAAGUAACGGCAACAGCGGAGAAAUUGGAGGGAGCAGAGUCUGUGAGAGCUGUCAAUUUCUCCAUGGAAGCCUCAGGUACUGUAAUGGUGGUGAGAGGCGAAUCCUUGCAAGAUGGUUAUGUGGGGAAUGAAUACAGUUCCUCUGUACAAGCAGCUUAUGCUUAUCAGCGAGGGGAGCAACGGGAAAGCUCAGAUCAUUCAGCUGGGAAGAACAACUCCGUGGCAGCUCCAGCCAAUCCAGUUAAGCAAGAUCCUAAUCUGAUUGAGGAAGCCGUCGCGAGCAAAAUGGAUUCCUCGCAAAUCGAUGCAGUACAUUGUGAUGUUUAUGACGGGGGUUGGGUGUUUGAUGAGACCUAUCCACUUUACACGAGUGAUUCAUGCCCAUUUAUAGAUGAAGGAUUCAGCUGUGGAGCAAAUGGUAGAAUGGAUGACAACUACAUGAAGUGGAGGUGGCAGCCUAAGAAUUGCAAUAUCCCGAGGUUCGAUGCUAGGAGAAUGCUUGAGAUGCUGCGAGGAAAGCGGCUAGUGUUUAUCGGGGACUCCAUAAAUAGGAACCAGUGGGAAUCCAUGAUGUGCUUGCUGAGAAUGGCAGUCUCAGAUCCUGCUAGGAUUCAUGAAACUCGUGGCCGGAAGAUCACUAAAGAGAAAGGGGAUUACAACUUCAAGUUCUUGGACUACAACUGCAGUGUGGAAUUUCAUGUGACACAUUUCUUGGUGCACGAAGGCAAGGCAAGAAUUGGCCAGAAGCGCACAAAGACACUACGGAUCGAUACCAUUGAUCGAAGCUCAUCAAGAUGGAAAGGUGCUGACGUGCUUGUGUUUAACACUGCCCAUUGGUGGUCGCAUCACAAAACAAAAGCUGGAGUGAAUUAUUAUCAAGAGGGGGAUCAUGUUCACCCCCAUCUCGAUGCCUAUACUGCUUACCAAAGAGCACUAACCACUUGGGCAUCGUGGGUCGAUCGUUACAUCAAUCCACAGCAAACUCGAGUGUUUUUCCGAAGCACAUCCCCAUCGCAUUUCAGCGGAGGAGAGUGGAAUUCAGGGGGACACUGCAGAGAGAGCACGGUGCCCCUUAAUGAUACUCAUGCAAGGCCGGUACCUGAGAGAAACGUGAUCCUGGAACAAGUCACAAAGCAAAUGAAGACUCCUGUGACAGUUCUGAACAUUACCAAUCUAUCUGGGAUCAGGAUAGACGGUCACCCAUCUGUGUAUGGCCGGAAGGCGGUAGGUUUAACAGCAUCAAGCGUUCAGGAUUGCAGCCAUUGGUGCCUCCCUGGAGUCCCGGAUGCAUGGAAUGAGCUGUUAUUCUACCAUUUAGUGUCGUCACAAGAAAAAAGGAUGUAACAAGUUAGUGACUCAAUUAAUUGCCCCCUUUUUUUUGUUGGGUGGGGUCUUUAUUCUCGUCUGUAAAUGUAAAUUUGAUUUGAAGAGCGAGCACAAAUGUGGCUCAUAGAUUCCGUCGUAUCAAAAUAUAGAUUUUAAAAGCCAUGGCUAUAUCCAUCUCGGCUAUUAGAUUC